AUGGCCGGCCACGACGAUCACUCCUACCACGCCAAGGACGCCAUCAAGACCGGCAUCUCGGCCGCCAUGGCCCUGGGCGGCGCCGGCUUCUUCAUGGCCGCCGUCACCAAUGCCCUCCAGAAGCAGAACGUCGGCGCCAUGGCCGUCUUCACCCGCAGCGGAAGCAUCAUCGCCGUCAUGACAAUGGGCGGCGGUGCCUACGGCUUCACCCAGGCCGCGAUGGCCAACCUGAGGGAAAAGGACGACGCAUGGAACAGCGCGACCGCCGGUUUCAUGGCCGGCUCCAUCCUCGGAUUGACGACCAAGAAGAUGCCCGUCGUGCUCGGUCUCGGCGCCGGCUUCGCCGCGUGGCAGGGAAUCUUCACCCUUACCGGUGGACGCCUGAGGGGAUGGACUGACAGGCUAGACGAGGAUGAGUUCGAGAACAAGAUUGCCAUGCGCGCGAACAAGAGACGUCCGAUCGAGGAGACGAUUGCAGAGAUUGGCGAGGGUCGCGGUAUCCGGCCACCCGGCUACGACGAGCGGAGGGCCGAGAGGCUCAAGGCGAAGUACGGGGUCGAGAUCAACCCCGUCAAGGCGACCGUCGAAUAA